GCCUGACCAAUGGGAGCAGGGGGCGGGCUCUCUACCGAAGGACUGGAAGGUGGCGGUGGUGAAGGUGCAGGCCGUUGGGGCGGCUCAGAGGCAGGUGACUAUGAAAGGCUUAUAUUUCCAACAGAGUUCCACAGAUGAAGAAAUAACAUUUGUAUUUCAAGAAAAGGAAAAUCUUCCUGUUACAGAGGAUAACUUUGUGAAACUUCAAGUUAAAGCUUGUGCUCUGAGCCAGAUAAAUACAAAGCUUCUGGCAGAAAUGAAGAUGAAAAAGGAUUUAUUUCCUGUUGGGAGAGAAAUUGCUGGAAUUGUAUUAGAUGUUGGAAGCAAGGUAUCAUUCUUUCAACCAGAUGAUGAAGUAGUUGGAAUUUUGCCCCUGGACUCUGAAGACCCUGGACUUUGUGAAGUUGUUAGAGUUCAUGAGCAUUACUUGGUUCAUAAACCAGAAAAGGUCACAUGGACAGAAGCAGCAGGAAGCAUUCGGGAUGGAGUGCGUGCCUAUACAGCUCUGCAUUAUCUUUCUCAUCUCUCUCCUGGAAAAUCAGUGCUGAUAAUGGAUGGAGCAAGUGCAUUUGGUACAAUAGCUAUUCAGUUAGCACAUCAUAGAGGAGCCAAAGUGAUUUCAACAGCAUGCAGCCUUGAAGAUAAGCAGUGCCUUGAAAGAUUCAGACCUCCCAUAGCCCGAGUGAUUGAUGUAUCUAAUGGGAAAGUUCAUGUUGCUGAAAGCUGUUUGGAAGAAACAGGUGGCCUGGGAGUAGAUAUUGUCCUAGAUGCUGGAGUGAGAUUGUAUAGUAAAGAUGAUGAACCAGCUGUAAAACUACAACUACUACCACAUAAACAUGAUAUCAUCACACUUCUUGGUGUUGGAGGCCACUGGGUAACAACAGAAGAAAACCUUCAGGUGAAGAAACAGAAGCACAGAGAUGUUGAUACAGACUCAAGGAUGCAGCAAGUGGCAGAGCAAGAAUCACACUCAGGCAGUCUCUCUCCUUUCUGAAUGGAGAUAAGCCAUAAGAUACAUGGAAGAUUUUGUUUUUAACCUGACAUUAAGGAAAGUACACAUCACCUUGAAAGGUUGCACACUUACUCCUAUGAUGGUGCCAUUGCACAGAAACAUUUCAGAAUACUUUCCUAAAUUAAAGAGUUUGUGGAGUGUUUUAUAAAUAUCAAUGCUAGGAAAUCUUUAUCAAAUGAAGAUGGGUUUGACUUUUGAAACAAAAGUCAUUCAGAGAUAAGUCUGGUGUGAUUGAAGCCAAAUCAUUCCAGUUGAGUAAAAAUAAUAAAAAGUUUGGAAUAUACAAACAAUUUCAAAAAGAAAGGUCCAAACCUCUUUAGAGUAGGGUCAACUUAAGAAUUCCUUUUAUUUCUAAAAUGACUGGUUUAGAGGCAGCAGCACUUGGUAAAAGUUGUAAUGUAUUGGAUAAAAAAAUAAGUUAUCAUUACUUGAUAGAGCAUAUGUGUGUGUCUGAAGAAAGAUUUACAUAGCCUUAUGCUUGUCUCUACUGAAUAUCAUACUUUACAUUUCUUAAAUGUGUCUAGUCAUAUAUAUGUGGUAUGUAUAAAGGCCAGUUCCCUCCAGGAGCAAUGACAGACUUUAUUCAGAGCUUUAAGGUAGUUAUGUAGGCCGGGCGUGGUGGCACGUGCCUGUAGUCCCAGCUACUCAUGAGGCUGAGGCAGGAGAAUUGCUUGAACCUGGGAGACGGAGGUUUCAGUGAGCUGAGAUCACGCUACUAUACUCCAGCCUGGUGACAGAGUGAGACUCCAUCUCAAAAAAAAAAAAAAAAAGUAAUACUGCAUGUAUUAAGUUUUAAGGAGUAGAUUUCAAAACCCCUUCAUGUAGUGAAGGUAUGAGUUUAAAGUUAUUUCUGAUUAAAUAUUUCCUAUUAAAUUUGAAAAUUAGAUUUAACUUUCUAAAAGGAUUUUUAAUUAAUUUCAUUUUUUAAAAAGGUACAUGAGCUGGCGCGGUGGCUCACGGCUGUAAUCCCAGCAUUUUGGGAGGCCGAGGUGGGGGAUCACAAGGUCAGGAAAUCGAGACCAUCCUGGCUAACAUGAUGAAACCCCGUCUCUACUAAAAAUACUAAAAAAAAAAAAAAAAAAAAAAUUAGUUGGGCGUGGUGGCAUGCACCUGUAGUCCUAGCUACUCCGGAGGCUGAGGCAGGGGAAUUGCUUGAACCCAGGCGGUGAAGGUUGCAGUGAGCUGAGAUCGCGCCACUGCACUCCAGUUUAGCUACAGAGCGAGACUCUGUCUCAAAAAAAAAAAACCAGCAUAUGUCCAAUCCAAUAACAUUAUAAUUAUUAAGAAUAACAUGGAAUGAUGCUGCAGUGGAGAAUACCAUGUGGCUAUUAAAAGUAACAUUAGUUAACAAAAGUAACAUUAGUUAAUGUUAGAAUACUAUGUAGCUAUUAGUCUUGAGUCUCACGUAUUGAAAACUAGACUGCUUUGCUUAUAGUAUAUAAUUUAAUUCUCUCAACCCACCUCUCCCGAUGAGAAGGCAAUUUUAACCUAUUCAACAAAUCCUUGGACCAAGUUGAAACAUGACAUGUGUAUAUGAAAUACUGUACAUUUUCCAGAAUCAGAAAUACAUGCUUUGCACACAGGUGAGAAUUUUAUUAACAGCAGGAGGAAGGGAACUUGCAGGGAUGUGAAUUAGUAAAUUUAUAUUCUUUAAUUUCCUCUUAAAAAUAUUUUUAGGCCAGGUGUGGUGGCUCACGCCUGUAAUCCCAGCACUUUGGGAGGCCAAGGUGGGCAGAUCACGAGGUCAGGAGAUCAAGACCAUCCUGAUGAACAUAGUGAAACCCCAUCUAUACUAAAAAUACAAAAAAUUAACCAGGCAUGGUGGCAGGCACCUGUAGUCCCAGCUACUUGGGAGGCUGAGGCAGGAGAAUGGCAUGAACCCGGGAGGCGGAGCUUGCAGUGAGCCAAGGUCCUGCCACUGCACUCCAGCCUGGGUGACAUAGCGAGACUCCAUCUCAAAAAAAAAAAUGUUUUAAAUGACUUGUAUUUUCUAAUUUGCAUUUUCUUUUUUUUCUUUUUUCUUUUUUUUUUUUGAGACGGAGUCUCACUCUGUCACCAAGGCUGGAGUGAAGUGGUGCCAUCUCGGCUCUCUGCCUCCCAGGUUCAAGCAAUUCUCCUGUCUCAGCCUCCCAAGUAGCUGAGACUAUAGGCGCACACCACCACGCCUGGAUAAUUUUUGUAUUUUUAGUAGAGGCAGGAUUUCACCAUAUUGGUCCGGCUGGUCUCGAACUCUUGACCUCGGAUGAUCCACCUGCUUCAGCCUCCCAAAGUGCUGAGAUUACAGGCGUGAGCCAUCGCGCCCAGCCCUAGUUUGCAUUUUCUAAAGUCCUGAAUCAUACUGUAGUCCUCACUUGUGCAAACCCUCCUCAUUCAGUUCAUACAAGCUAAGUUGCUGCUUGUGAUUUAACAGAGACAUCUCCCUCCAACUGUGUCAUUCUAGGCCACAAAUAAUUCAGAAGUACUGGCAAUUACAUAGAAUCUUGAUCUUAAUAUUAUAAUUUCAAUUAAAUUAGCAAGAUAGAUUUUUUCUUUGAUUUUUACAUCAUUUUCUGAUUCUCUUAGUGACAUACAGUCAGCCCCCUGUAUCUGAGGGUUCCACAUCCAGGGAUUCAACCAAUCAAGGAUCAAAAAUACUUGGAGGCUAGGGGCAGUGGCUCAGGCCUGUAAUCCCAACACUUUGGGAGGCUGAGGCAGGAGGAUGGCUUCAUCUCAGGAGUUUGAGACCAGCCCGGGCAACAUAGGGAGACCCUGUCUAUACAAAAAUAAAAAUAAAUUAACCUGGUGUGGCGGUGAAUCACUGUGGUCCCAGCUAUUUGGGAGGCUGAGGAUCACUAGAGCCUGAGAGGCUGAGGCUGCAGUGAGCCAUGAUAAUGCCACUGUACUCUAGCCUGGGCCACAGAGGGAGACCCUGUCUCAAAAAAAAAAAAAAAAAAAACUGAAAAAGUAAUAAUACAACAAUAAAAAAAAAUACAGUAUAACCACUAUCUACAUAGUAUUUACAUUGCAUUAAGUAUCAUAAGUAAUAUAGAGAUGACAAUGUAUAAUGGAGAUGUGCCUCGGUUAUAUGCAAAUACUAUGCCAUUUUUUUUCUUUUUUUUUUUUUUUUCUUUUGAGACAGGGUCUUGCUCUGUUGCCCUGGCUGGAGUGCAGUGCUCAUUCCAGCUCACUGUAACCUCAAACCCAUGUGCUCAAGGGAUCCUCCUGCCUCAGCCUCCCCAGUAGCUGGGGCAACAGGCACAUGCCACCAUGCCUGGCUAAUUUUUAAAUUUUUUGUAGAAAGCCUUGUUUCCCAAGCUGCUGCACUAUUUUCUAUAAGGAAUUUGAGUAUCUGGAGAUUUUGGUCUUCAUGGGGGUCCUGGAACCAAUCCCUCAUGGAUGUGUGAGGGAUGACUGUAUAUCAUACACACACAAAGUUUACUGGCUUCUGCAAACAAAUUUUGAGCCUAUUACCAACCAGCCUGGUCAACAAAUGUACAUCUAAAGUAAGAUAUAUACUUGUUAAAAUUGUUUUUAACUAAAACUGCCAUAUGUAAUAUAGAAAUGAAAACUAGACACUAUUUCAUUUGCAUCCAUUGAGAUAAUAGUGGUGAGCACUUAGGAUAAGCACCAGGCUUGACUUGCUGCUCUUAUCACUUGUCCUUGGAAAUUUAGGCUCUAUUACACCACCAACUCUCAAAUCAUUUCUCUGUUGUAGAGCUAAACUUGACGUCCUACAGAAUUUCUCUAACUUAACAUGUUGAGUCUUUGAGAGUGCAAAGCUUGAAACAAGAGAAAGUGGCCUGCCUGGCAUCCUCUGCUUAUUGAAUGGUUUUAUUUAAUUCUCCUUUACAUUGCCACCUUAACAAUCCUUCCAGCUACGUAUCUUAAAGGAUGUGAUGGAGAAGUUAUCAACUGGUGUUUUCA